GGUCUGGCUUGCGCGUGGUUGUGCGAGGGCACCAGUCGCCCCGAGGCUCCAGGCCAAGUCCGGGCGGAGCGAGGGAGCAGAGACUGCUCCGAGCCCCCCGGGAACAGCGAUUCAGCGCGGGGUGCCCCGCAGCAGGCUGGGGACGCUGAGGGGCGGCAGCAGGUCCUGCGGCCAGAGGGGUGGGCUGGCACCAAGGAUUCGGCUGCGAAGUGCCACCCAGGUGACCUCUGGGGAAAGGCCUCGCGGACAAGGGAGGUGGACAGGGUAGGUGGUCCUUACCCCAACUCAGAGAUGCGACAGGCUGUCCGCGUGGAUGCUGCAAUGGAGAGCUCUCUGGCGGGUCGUGUCAAGGGUGAACCCUUCCACACGGUCACGCCCAUGCUGGAGAGCUGGGCCCUGUCCCAGGUGGCGGGCAUGACUGUCUUCCUCAAGUGUGAGAAUAUGCAGCCAACCGGCUCCUUCAAGAUCCGGGGCAUUGGGCAUUUCUGCCAGGAGAUGGCCAAGAAGGGAUGCAGACACUUCGUGUGCCCCUCAGGGGGGAACGCGGGCAUCGCCGCUGCUUAUGCCGCUCGGAAGCUGGGCAUCCCUGCCACCAUCGUGCUCCCCGAGAGCACCGCCCUGCGGGUGGUGAGGAGGCUGCAGGGGGAGCAGGCGGAGGUUCAGCUGUUUGGGAAGGUCUGGGACAAGGCCAAUCUGAAGGCGCAAGAGUUGGCCCAGAGGGACGGCUGGGUGAACGUCUCCCCGUUCGACCACCCCCUGAUAUGGGAAGGCAACGCCAGCCUGGUGCAGGAGCUGAAGGCAGCCCUGGGGACCCCGCCGGGCGCCGUGGUGCUGGCAGUGGGGGGUGGGGGACUCCUGGCCGGGGUGGUGGCCGGCCUGGUGGAGGUGGGCUGGCAGCACGUGCCCAUCAUCGCCAUGGAGACCCGCGGGGCGCACAGUUUCAACGCAGCUGUCAAGGCGGGCAGGCUGGUGACAUUGCCGGACAUCACCAGGUGGGCGCGGGCUGGGGACAUUUGUGAGGGCCUGGAGGGUGGGAGUGUCGCUGCCCUAGGGCCUCCCAGUCCCAGCCAGUGGGGGCAAGGGGUACCCGAAAGGCUCUGCUUGGCCCUGGGACUCCAACCACGGUGACGCGGACCUAGGUUAGAAGGCAACGCUGAAAAGCAGGAGAAGAGUGGAUUCAUUUAAACCUCAUCAAUUAAUGAGACGAGGCUUCAUUGCCUGCGUCAUUAUAAAAGCAAUUUAAGUGUGUUGCAGAUAAGUUAGAAAAUGUAGACAAGCAGUGAGCAACAGAAAACAAAAUGUCACCUUCAUUCCACCGUCCAAGAUGAACACUACUCAGACGGAGCUGCCCUUUUCUGUCUUUUCUUUUUUGGUU